AUGACGUUUCGAUCCCCCGCAGGCUGGCGAGAGAUGGACUUUGGCUGUGCAGCAUGCUCGAGUACUCCCCGCCUGUUCUUCGUUCUCCUCAGUCCUCUUGCAGCAUAUUCCGAUCUAGGUCGGAUUAGUAUUUACUACAUUGCGCCUAGGAAUCAUCUCAGUUUGCCACUCUGCAAGCUUAAGCUCCAGAUGCCCGACGAGAUCGUUGCGCAUUCCUGGAUCAUGGAGCAGAUAAGCGAGUUGUUGCACAUGUGGGUAUGGAGACCAACCACCACCACCAGAACUGAGGUCCUGCGCCAAGUAUCAGCUAGAGUACUGCGCAUAAAUAAGAAUAAGACAGGUCCCAAGAAUUAG